GCCUUGUCCGAGAGACCGCUCAUCCACCUUGCGUCGCGUGCUUGUCUGUUAUCCGUUCGAGCCACUUGUCUUCGGUGACGAUGUGAUUUUUUUCAUUGCAAUGGCGUUUUGUAAGAUGGACCGUGAUCCUGAACUUUUGCCGAUUUCGUAAGCUGUCCUUGAUACCGGUGGAGGAUCCUUGCAGCUGCUGGCGAACGUUCGUGGUAGAAAUGUGGCGCUGGUGCCUAGUGAUUUUGACGUGUGCGGCAACCGGAAAUGCGGUUCGAUUGGCAGCUUACAUUUCAUCUGGGGGACUUCACGGAGAAAUCCGAUUCGAGUCUACUGGCAACAAUUCAGUCCGGGUAAGAUUAGCCCUCAAGCCGACCCUUCAGUUUCCAGACCAACAAUGGUCAUGGUCACUCACCGAGUUCCCCGUUGAUUAUACCAUCAUUAAUAAUCGUUGCGAUGAAAAAUAUCUUGGAAUGAGUCUCAUCGAUUUGACAGAAUUGAUAGGGCCUUUAGAAUUUCCUGGCAAUGAAACCGGCUCCGUUGAAGUUUCUGGAUUGAGUUUAUCCGGCGAAAAGGGAUUAUAUGGAAAAGGAAUUUUAUUGAAAGACAAUCUCAGUAAUCGAGUCAUCUGUACUUCUAUCACGGUGUUGGAUCGAAAUGCAGAAAAAUUAGCAGAAGCGCGAUUCCACGGAAUCAUAUCGGGUUCUGUUUGGUUUCGCUGGUUAGGUGGUCAGGCGGGUGAAGACAUUACCGACACGAUUGUUCAAUCGAGCCUUCAACACGCGGUCAACCUGAAAUCUCAAGAUACUUUCUUCACCGAGCAUCACUGGAAGAUUUACGUUACUGACAUUUUUGACGCUGAAGAACGAACAUCUUGCAACAUUCUGCAGACAGUCUUUGAUCCUAAUAAUUCAGGACCGGGAAAAUCUAUUGGUGAUGUCGAUUUGCGUCUUGGAAAAAUGCGCAUCGCUUCACACAACAGCAAGUUUUACAAAAGUUCCUAUCGUGAUCCUGAGCUUUCACUUCUCUCAACCGAUCUACUAGGACACCGUGUCCUUUAUCUAGUCAUUUUUCAUCCAACGCACGAAGACUUGUUCCUCGCUUGCGCCAAAAUCAAACUUCACAGACCUAUUUCAGCCAAAGCAAUCGUGAACUCUCGAGGUAUCAAAGGCGAAGUAACACUAUCACAAGAAACUCCAUUCCAUCCCAGUUGGGUCAACGUUUCACUGUCACCAAUAAACGAUCUCGAAACAAGAUUACGGUACGAAACAAAAGUGACAUCGUAUAAGAUACAUGAGCUUCCAAAAAAACCUGAGAAUUUUUUGCAAGACACUUUAGAACCAUGUAUUACGACCAAAGAUAUGUAUAAUCCUCUAAAGAUCGAAGAAAGAGAUGUCCCACCACCCGGGCUUGGUACUCAAGAUCAAUACGCUAUUGGUGAUUUAUCUGGCAAACUACAAGGGCGGAAAGAAGGAUCCAAUCACUUGGAUAUAUUGCCAGGUAGCGCAAAGCUCAGUGGGCUCUACUGGGAUACCUAUCUUCCACUUUCUGGCAUCCAUAGCGUUGUCCAUAGAUCCCUUGUCGUUCAAAAGUAUAAUGAAACAGACUCUAAAAGCGUGAUACCUUGGGUAUGUGGAACUUUUACAGCACAGUUACCUCGCAAUGCUGGUAAAAUGCCAAUGAUUACUGCUCAAGUGAUUUUCCGUUAUCCUAUUGUGGGUAAAAUUAUUUUUCGACAACCGAGAGAUGAACCCGAGAUGGAUACCACCAUUAUUGUAGAAUAUUUAGUACAUUCCGAUGGCAGUGCAUUAAACGAUUCUGUCGAUCACAGAUGGAUGAUCCAUGAUAAACGUCCAGGGAAAGACUAUUACAAUUGGACAGCGAGAUGCGUCAGUGCAGGAGCUCCAUUCAAUCCUUAUAAGAUUGAAUGGGAUCCAGAUCAUCCAAAGUAUUGUUCCGAUCAUUCUAUGACCUUUUGUCGAAUGGGUGAUUUGGGCCGUCACGGUACUCUGAACAUUGCUGGACGAAAAGCUGAUGCAUUAAGACUUACCCGAAAACUUUAUACUGAUCCUUUACUUGCACUAUCUGGUCCACACAGUAUUUUUGGUCAUAGUCUCGUUAUCUACGAUGAUUAUGGACCCAAAGCCAGAGGAGAACGUCUAGCGUGUUCUCUAAUCAGCGGGAUGUGGAGAAGGAAAGCAGUGGCGAAAGAUUGGUUUAGUAAUGGUGAAGAGGUAUCGAUAGACGGCAAGUUGGAAUUUAUCCAAGAAAGUCCCUACGAUGUUACCGACUUCGAAGUUAAUUUAGAUGGCUUAAAUAGUAAAAUGAGUGGAUAUCAUAUUCAUAUGACCCCAGUGGAAAUAGAUUGGGAGUUUCCAUGCGAAGCAAGCACCCUCUAUGGACAUUGGAAUCCUAUGCAAGUAAAUGCUAGUGCAGCUCCACCUCCAGCAGCCGGUACUAGCGAUCAGUACGAGAUGGGCGACCUUAGUGGCAAAUUUGGUACGUUAGACGGACGUCGUCGUUAUGCGGCUGCCUUUAACGAUACUCAUUUACCGCUAUUUGGACCGAGAAGUAUACUUGGACGCAGUAUCGUAGUACACAAAAAGGAAAAAAACGCAAGAUGGGCUUGUACAACAAUAGAACGAGGUUAUGCCCCGUCAGAAGCUCGAGAAUUAAGAGCUAUUGCUUCUUUUCAUCAUCCCCAAGGUUACGCAUAUGGAUACAUCAGGAUGACACAAUUAAUUUAUAAUGAUGGUAGCCAGAGUGAUACUAUAAUCGAAGUGAAUUUGAGGCAUCCUGGCAAACAUGAUCGUAACGUGACAAGAAAUCACAAUUGGGCGAUUUACGUAAAUCCAGUGGGAGUUGAUGCUUCAAUUAAACCAAUACUUACAAGGUGCGUUGCUGGCGGCUACAGGUGGAAUCCUUACUUCACACAAUUGGCUGAUCCAUUGAAUGAAGAUCUAUACAAACAGGAAUGUGGCCCCGAUUUGCCGUUACGUUGUGAUGUUGGUGACGUUUCAGCACGCGUAGGACCAAUUGACCUCGGUCUAGAACGUAAAAUACUAGUAGAUCCAAAUUUUCCAUUAGAAGGUACGGUUUCAGCUUUGGGGAAAUCCAUAAUUAUCUUGGAGAAAGACUUCGGAAGUAACAGAUAUGCCUGUGCCAAUAUUGAGCCAGAUAAUGACAUUAUUAAAUAUUCUAAUAUAGAAAAACCACCUCGCUUUGUUCCACGGCAAUUUUUAGAAGACGUACGUCGAGUAAUGGCGAUACCAGAAUGGAUGUUAUCAAUCGAUAAUAGGAAAACAAAAAUUCUGUAUGAUGGUAGCUGCAUACAAUUUUUAAUACAUUUCAAAGGUCCAAUCGCUACUAAACUGGAACAAGACUUCAAUAGAUUAAUAUCUACGGGCAAACUCGAAGCACCAAGUUUAGUUAUACACGGUUACGUGGACACAAAACGCAAGAGUACUAUAAAUUAUAGACAAUGCGGUUCUCGUCAUCCGAGCGACAAAAAAUCCAGCCGAAACUUACCCUUUUAUUACGGAUCAACAGCAUCGACUUCCACCCCUUCCCUGGUUUUUCUAUGGUAUCGGGAGCUAAAAUGA